CAAAUGCAUUCUUCAAGCUUAUUCUCCUGAUCUCCCCCUUCUUUUUAUCCGGCCGAAGCGCCACAAUCUCCUCUAUUGCCAUUUUCCCUGAUAAAAUUCCUUUUCAAAUUCGUUUUUCCCAUUCUUUUUUUUCGUUUUUGUUUUCUGAGAACGAGGGGAGAACAUGGACAAUUUGAUCUCUUUGGUGAACAAGUUGCAGAGGGCUUGUACGGCUCUGGGAGACCAUGGUGAAGAGAGUGCAUUGCCGACUUUAUGGGAUUCGUUGCCGGCAAUCGCUGUCGUCGGAGGACAGAGCUCUGGUAAGUCUUCAGUGUUGGAGAGCAUUGUUGGAAAGGACUUCUUGCCCCGUGGAUCUGGAAUUGUUACUCGGCGUCCCCUUGUCUUACAGCUUCAUAAAAUAGAUGAAGGAAGAGAGUAUGCAGAGUUCCUUCACCUCUCAAGAAAGAGGUUCACUGAUUUUGCUGCUGUAAGGAAGGAGAUCUCAGAUGAGACAGAUAGAGAAACAGGGCGCAGCAAACAGGUCUCCAGUGUUCCUAUCCAUCUCAGUAUCUAUUCUCCUAAUGUUGUAAACUUGACUCUGAUUGAUCUUCCUGGACUUACAAAAGUAGCUGUUGAGGGUCAACCGGAAAGUAUUGUGCAAGACAUUGAAAAUAUGGUUCGCUCCUAUAUUGAAAAGCCAAACUGUAUAAUAUUGGCAAUAUCACCUGCCAAUCAAGACCUUGCCACCUCUGAUGCAAUCAAGAUCUCUCGUGAAGUAGAUCCUAAAGGGGAGAGGACAUUUGGUGUUUUGACCAAGAUUGAUCUUAUGGAUAAGGGUACUGAUGCAGUUGAUAUACUGGAAGGCAAGGCAUAUCGGCUACAGUUUCCCUGGAUUGGUGUUGUUAAUCGCUCUCAAGCUGAUAUCAACAAGAGUGUUGAUAUGAUUGCUGCUCGACGAAGAGAGAGGGAAUAUUUUGCUAAUAGUCCAGAGUACAAACAUCUUGCUCAGAGAAUGGGUUCUGAGCAUCUAGGAAAAAUGCUAUCAAAGCAUUUGGAAACUGUAAUCAAGUCCCGAAUCCCAGGUAUCCAGUCCCUUAUCAAUAAAACUAUUGCUGAACUAGAAGCAGAAUUGAGCCGUCUUGGGAAGCCUAUUGCUGCAGAUGCUGGAGGAAAGUUAUACAUGAUAAUGGAGAUUUGUCGUAUUUUUGAUCAAAUAUAUAAAGAGCAUAUUGAUGGCAUCCGCCCUGGUGGUGAUAAAAUCUACAAUGUCUUUGACAAUCAACUUCCUGCAGCUCUAAAACGAUUGCAAUUUGAUAAGCAUCUCUCAGUGGAAAAUGUAAGAAAACUAAUUACUGAGGCUGAUGGGUACCAACCUCAUUUGAUAGCUCCUGAACAGGGGUACCGCCGACUCAUUGAAUCAUCAUUGGUCACUAUUAGAGGGCCUGCAGAGGCAGCUGUUGAUGCGGUUCAUGCUAUACUGAAGGAGCUGGUUCACAAGUCAGUCAAUGAAACUGCGGAGCUAAGGCAGUACCCCACUCUCAGGGUGGAGGUUGGGAAUGCAGCUUGUGAAUCACUGGACAGAAUGAGGGAAGAAAGCAAGAAGGCAACUCUUAAACUAGUUGACAUGGAGUGUAGUUAUCUGACAAUUGAUUUCUUCCGGAAGCUUCCCCAAGAUAUUGAGAAAGGAGGAAAUCCAACACAUUCAGUUUUUGACAGAUAUAAUGAUCCGUAUCUUCGUAGAAUAGGAACAACCGUUUUGUCUUAUGUCAAUAUGGUCUGUGCAAGCCUGCGGAACUCCAUUCCUAAGUCCAUUGUUUAUUGUCAAGUGCGUGAAUCCAAACGGUCCUUGCUUGACCAUUUCUUCACUGAAUUGGGUAAAAAGGAGCAAAAGCAGUUGGCCUCAUUAUUGGAUGAGGACCCUGCAGUCAUGGAGCGGCGAGCUGCUCUUGCAAAGAGAUUGGAGUUAUACAGAAGUGCCCAGGCAGAGAUCGAUGCAGUUGCUUGGUCGAAGUAG